AUGUAUAACAACACAGAUUUAGAAAAAUUGGUCAUUAAAGGCAGUACAAGAUUUCAGGAAGUUAAUUUUAAUCAACCCAGACUCUUCUAACCUAAGUUGAAUAUAAUCAAGUUAAAAGGGUUUCAAUAGAUAGUAGAUCUAAUUAAGUAAUAAGAAUCUUUUUUGAAACAAAAUUAGAUUCCUUAAAUUAAUACUCAAAAAAAUCUACCUUCUAUUUUGGUUUAUCCUCCUAAAGCUGAAUUAAUUACAUCUUCAAAAAAAGAAAUAUCAAUUAGAAAAUAUAGUGAAACUAGGGUUUAUGGAAGAAAAAGCUUUACUGAAGCUGCUGAGCCUCAAUCUCUUGAGAGAAGAAAGAUUAGUACUAAAAGAAAUAAGUUAGCCAUUAAAAAAGCACUUCCUAAUAAAUAAGAAGAAUAAAAUAUGUUUGAAAAUCCUUCUGAUUUUGCUACAAUAGUAAGUUAUUCAAAUUUAUUAAUGAUAAUUCCUUAAGAGAAAAUAGUUUAUAAGGCAUUCAUCACAAAAGGAAAUAAUGGUUAAUUAGUUAGAUAAUUAAUAAAAUCUAGAUCUUGGUGGGUAUUACUUGAUGCUCCUUAGAAUGAUAUGAAUCUUUAUUGGACUUAAUUAAGAAAAUAAGGAUUUUAUAAGGAUCUAAUAACUUUUACUGGGAAUUAAUCUACAUUUACAAAAACAUAAAAAAAAUUAGUGUUUGAUAAAUUUAAGCUUAAAUUAGAAGAAGAAAAAUAUACAAAUUUUGUUUCUAGUAAUAUCUUAAGAGUACAUAAUCAUUUAGAAGGGAAUUUCUAAAUCUCAAAUAAGAAAGCUUUAUAUUAUAAUAUGAAAUCAUAUUAUGAAUCUAUAGGGUAAGAUCCAUUUAAAUUUAUACCAUUAACAUUUCAUAUUUAAGAUGGAAUUAAAGAUCCUGUAUAUUAGUAAUUUGAAGAAUAUGCAAGAAAGAAUAAUAUUAAUGUAUGGAUAGUAAAACCAGGGGAAUAAUCAAAUAGAGGAAAUGGGAUAGAAGUAGCUAAUUCAAUUUCUUAAGUUAAACGGCUAGUUUCUUAUCGUGAAUUACAUUCAAAUGGAGUAAAGAAAACCUUUAUUGUGCAAUAAUAUUUAAAUAGACCAUUAUUAUACAAUAAAAGGAAAUUUGAUAUCAGAUGUUUUAUGUUGAUAACUUGUAUAAAUCACUAAUUUAAAGCUUAUUGGUAUUAAGAAGGAUAUAUAAGAACGAGUUGUAAAGAAUUCAAUUUGGAUGACACAGAUUGUAAAUAUACUCAUUUAACUAAUGAUGCUGUAUAAAAAUACAGUAAAAAUUAUGGGAAAUAUGAGACAGGAAAUAAAGUAAAUUAAUAAUAUAAAAUAAGGUUUCAUUUAAUGAUUUUUCAAAAUAUGUAUAAGAGAUUUAUAAUAUGAACUUUAAUAAUACAAUAGAACAAUUAAAGAGUUUAUGUACUGACAUUGUCNUACAAGAUUUCAGGAAGUUAAUUUUAAUCAACCCAGACUCUUCUAACCUAAGUUGAAUAUAAUCAAGUUAAAAGGGUUUCAAUAGAUAGUAGAUCUAAUUAAGUAAUAAGAAUCUUUUUUGAAACAAAAUUAGAUUCCUUAAAUUAAUACUCAAAAAAAUCUACCUUCUAUUUUGGUUUAUCCUCCUAAAGCUGAAUUAAUUACAUCUUCAAAAAAAGAAAUAUCAAUUAGAAAAUAUAGUGAAACUAGGGUUUAUGGAAGAAAAAGCUUUACUGAAGCUGCUGAGCCUCAAUCUCUUGAGAGAAGAAAGAUUAGUACUAAAAGAAAUAAGUUAGCCAUUAAAAAAGCACUUCCUAAUAAAUAAGAAGAAUAAAAUAUGUUUGAAAAUCCUUCUGAUUUUGCUACAAUAGUAAGUUAUUCAAAUUUAUUAAUGAUAAUUCCUUAAGAGAAAAUAGUUUAUAAGGCAUUCAUCACAAAAGGAAAUAAUGGUUAAUUAGUUAGAUAAUUAAUAAAAUCUAGAUCUUGGUGGGUAUUACUUGAUGCUCCUUAGAAUGAUAUGAAUCUUUAUUGGACUUAAUUAAGAAAAUAAGGAUUUUAUAAGGAUCUAAUAACUUUUACUGGGAAUUAAUCUACAUUUACAAAAACAUAAAAAAAAUUAGUGUUUGAUAAAUUUAAGCUUAAAUUAGAAGAAGAAAAAUAUACAAAUUUUGUUUCUAGUAAUAUCUUAAGAGUACAUAAUCAUUUAGAAGGGAAUUUCUAAAUCUCAAAUAAGAAAGCUUUAUAUUAUAAUAUGAAAUCAUAUUAUGAAUCUAUAGGGUAAGAUCCAUUUAAAUUUAUACCAUUAACAUUUCAUAUUUAAGAUGGAAUUAAAGAUCCUGUAUAUUAGUAAUUUGAAGAAUAUGCAAGAAAGAAUAAUAUUAAUGUAUGGAUAGUAAAACCAGGGGAAUAAUCAAAUAGAGGAAAUGGGAUAGAAGUAGCUAAUUCAAUUUCUUAAGUUAAACGGCUAGUUUCUUAUCGUGAAUUACAUUCAAAUGGAGUAAAGAAAACCUUUAUUGUGCAAUAAUAUUUAAAUAGACCAUUAUUAUACAAUAAAAGGAAAUUUGAUAUCAGAUGUUUUAUGUUGAUAACUUGUAUAAAUCACUAAUUUAAAGCUUAUUGGUAUUAAGAAGGAUAUAUAAGAACGAGUUGUAAAGAAUUCAAUUUGGAUGACACAGAUUGUAAAUAUACUCAUUUAACUAAUGAUGCUGUAUAAAAAUACAGUAAAAAUUAUGGGAAAUAUGAGACAGGAAAUAAAGUAAAUUAAUAAUAUAAAAUAAGGUUUCAUUUAAUGAUUUUUCAAAAUAUGUAUAAGAGAUUUAUAAUAUGAACUUUAAUAAUACAAUAGAACAAUUAAAGAGUUUAUGUACUGACAUUGUCAAAGCUUCUUAUUAACAUUUAGAUCCAAAUCGUCAUUUCUAUACUUUUGAAUUAUUUGGAUUAGACUUUAUGAUAGACAGUGAUUUUAAACCAUGGCUUAUAGAAGUGAAUACAAAUCCAUGUCUUGAAACCUGUUGUCCUUUACUAUCUAGAUUGAUAAAUCAUUUAGUCGAAAAUACUAUUAGAAUUGCUAUUGAUCCUAUGUAUCCUCCUCCUACUAAGAAGAAACCAUUACCUGAAUUUAAAAAUAAUUUUGAAUUGAUUUUCAACUCUCCUUUAAUAGAAUAAUGUGGUAAAUUACCAGAAAUUUAAUAAGAUGAUGAUGAUCUUGAUGUAGAUGAUGAUAAUUGA